CGAUUCGAUCGACAGGUAGCAUGCUGCUAACCCGGCUUAGCUAAAGACUAGAAACUCGUGAGCUCAUGAUCAUGUUGCUGGAACACCGCGUCCAAAGAUAAAUGUACGGACUCUUUUGUUGACUUUUUCACCGCGGGGCAUUCCCCAGUGUGUGAGGAUGUUUUCUUCCAUUUGGAAUUUUGUGAAGCGUCACAAGAGGAAAUUUAUCUUCACCGGAGCUGUAGUUGGAGGUGUGUACUUCCUGGGCAAAUAUGCCCGAUCCAAGUUUAGGGAGCUCCAAGAGAAGGAGGCCACCGAAUACAUCGCUCAGGCCAGACGCCAUUUCCACUUUGAGAGCAACCAGAGAACGUGCAACAUGACUGUCGUGUCUAUGUUGCCUUCGCUGAGAGAAGCCAUCGUCAACCAGCUCAACUCGGAAAGCCUCACUGCGAUACUAAAGACCAGGCCGGCCAAUAAAGUGGAGAUCUGGGAGGAUUUGAAGAUCAUCAGUUUCACUCGCAGCCUCGUGGCCGUGUACAGCACCUGCAUGCUGGUGGUUCUUCUGAGAAUCCAGCUCAACAUCAUCGGAGGUUACCUCUACCUGGACAACUCUGUGGGCAAGCCCCCCACGACCCCUCAGGCACCACCAGAGGUGCAGCAGCAGUACUUGUCCAGCAUUCAACAUCUCCUCGGCAACGGAUUGACACAGUUGAUCACUGUAGUGAAGAAGUCGGUGCAGAACUCCCUGGAUGGCGUAUGUCUGAAGCAAAGUUUGAGUCUGCUGGAGCUGGAGCAGCACAUUAGUUGGAUCCGAGCCGAGGUGGAGGCCUGCCCCUGCCGUCCGCUCUCCUCCUACAUGAUGGCCGACGAUGACAACGCCCUCGCCGAUCAGGCUUGCGGUCUGUCUGAAAGGGAUGUCCUGACCAUCCGCCUUCUCAACGAGACCAGAGACAUGAUGGACAGUCCAGACUUCAACACCGUGUUGACUGCGUGCCUGCAACGAGGAUUCACUCGUCUCCUCGACAACCUGGCGCAGUUUUUCCACCCGCCGCCUACCGACCCCGCCCACCACACCGACCCCGCCCACCACACCGACCCUCACAGUAGUCUGCCGUCCAUCAGUCUUCCGCUGGCCAAGAUCAUCCCCAUCAUCAACGGUCAGAUCAACACCAUCUGCAGCGAGACGCCGGGUCACUUUGUUCAGGAGCUUCUGAUGAACAACGACGUGAAGGAGUUUGCCGCCAACGUGUACGACAGCUUCAGCACACCGCAGGAAGUGCACAAGUAGGACGCCGGCGCACCAAGGAUCAACUCUCCUUUUUUUAUUUUUAUUUUUUAUUUUUUCAAAUCUCAAUGACUCGCGAGGGGCAAUUUCAAGCCUACACGCAUGAUUGUCAGCAGUCACGUCAUGUGCUAACAAUUAAGCUGAAGCACUACAGGACAUAGAAAACGAAUGCGCUGAAUGGAAUAACCCAUUCGAAGAGACAACGUGGGUCCC